ACCCUUCCCUUAUAUAAACAAAUAGAAACCCACAAUUCUCAUAACAACAAGAAGAAGAAGAACAAGCCUCUUGAGCGAACAGACGAACAAGAACCGAACAAAAGUUCGAGAAGAAAGUCAACAUGAACAUGGAGCCUCCAAUGUGUGCAAAGGGCUGUGGCUUUUAUGGCUGUGUCGAAAACAAGAACAUGUGCUCAAAGUGCUACAAAGAUCAUGUAAAACAAGAGAAUCUCAAUGCUCAGUCGACCACGGUGGCUUCAUCAGUGGAAAAAACUGAUCUGGGUUCCACCGCUAGAGGAAUUUCCUUGCUUUCUUUUCAAACUUCAGAUGAUUCAGUUUCUAAUACUAAUACUAGUAAUAUUGAUAAUAAUAGUGGAUCAAAGAAAAACAGGUGUGAAAGCUGCAACAGAAAGGUUGGAGUGUUGGGGUUUGAAUGCCGUUGUGGUGGAGUGUUUUGCGGAAAGCAUAGGUAUCCAGAAACACACUCGUGCAAUUUGGAUCUCAAGCAGGCUGGAAGAGAUGUUUUGGCCAAGCAAAACCCUCUUUGCAAGGGUGACAAGCUGCAGUGCAGGAUUUAGAGACAGAUUAUCAACAUUUAGCAUGUUAUAUAUAGUUAGGCUUCAAGACUUGUAUUUUGUGCACUUUAUUUUAUUAAAUAUAAAAUGAAGUAAUUGAACUCGGUAU